UCCUCGCAGCAAUGCCGGGCCCACUCCACCUGCUCCUCGCCCUGCUCCUCUUGGGCAGCCCAGGCUCCGAGUCCCUCGCGGCGCCUACCUUCGACAGCCUCCACCAGGACCCGGCGAGCCGGUGCCGAGAGGCCCGGGGCCACCUGCCAGAGGGCCCCGGCCCCUGCCACCUGGCCCCCGGCCUCCAGAGCGAGGAACCGUUUAUCAAGUGUGUGACGUGCAAGAUGGUGGUGCAGAAGAUAGUGGCCUCCGUGGGAGAAGACCCCAGCCCCGAGAACAUUAAGGAAGUGGGAAACAAGGUCUGCGCCCGACUGGGCCGCUUCCUGCGCCCUGUCUGCAAGAAGUUCAUUCGUAAAUUCCUCGACAUGAUCACCCAGGGCAUUGAGGAGGGCAAGGAGGCCAAGGAGAUUUGUGUGGACAUCCACUUGUGCAAGGGGUCAUCUGGCUACAACUCGAGAUAGGUUUGGCAGGCCUGAAAACUCCCGCCCUCCCGGGACAUCUCACUGGGGACACCGAUCUGCUGCCCAGUCGCCCUGUCCCCACCUCUGCGCCCUCCGACCUGCUGAAACGCUCCUCCUUGUCCAGCUUCCAGCCCCUUCCCCCCGGCUCAUCAGAGAAUAAAGUGCCUUGGUCUUUGGGGUGUGGGCUGGCUGUGGGCCGGGCUGCCUCACGCCUCUUCCUUUGCUUAAUAAAUCAUCCCGGUCA